ACAGAGAGGGAGGGCGGGCGCUUAACAUGGAUGGUGAAGCAGAAAUAGUGAGUGGAUGCACCCAUAGAGAAAACAAAAGGUCAUACAAAGACUUUUUGAUGGAUGUUGAGGACCUGGAGGAAGCAGGAUCAGAUCCAGAGGAGCAUAGCACCAAGAUGCUUCCCCAGGAACAAAGUGGCUCCCUGAACAAGAACAUACCACCUAUUGGUAAUAGUGGUAUAGACCACGAACCUCAUGGAGCAGACGUCUCAGAUUUCCUCCAUGAAUAUCCAGUCUGUGUGUCACAGGACAGAUGGACAGUGAGAGGAGAAGAGCAUAUCCAAGAAAACUCGUUGCAUCCAUGUUUUAAUGCAGAGGGAAACAUUAGCCUGAGGAGUCCAGGUCCCAUGUUGGAGUACUUGGUGUAUCUUAAUAGCCAGCAUUAUGGGCCAGAUUGUCCCAGUAACGGACCUACCACCCCCUCUAUCUCUCCAGUAGCCAACUGGCCUCGUCACUCUACACCCAUUCCUAGUUCACUGACAGCCAUUUCUACUACUGUCAGCUCCACAGUUAGCUCUGCUAUGACUAGCUUCAUGACUGACGCAUGUAGUCCCAUUGGUUUUAUAUGUGGUGUCACCAGUUCAGCCACAGACCCUCUAAUGUCCACCCCCAGGAGUCUCUGCUGCUCUGACCAGGAUCCUGCCAGUGCUGCAGCUUACCUUCACCUCCUGGGAGAAUCGUUAUCCCUGAUUGGACACCAUCUCCAGGAGACAGAUAAAAUGGUGUGUAUGUCGAGUAGUUUCUCUCUACUCUUGGACUCUCUAUUGUGUGCUAUGGCUCCACUUACCGGCCUCACUAUGCACAUACCAGAGCUGAGGAGCUGCACACAACACACACUGGCCUCCACCUUGGAUAACAUUGCAUAUGUGAUGCCUGGCCUGUGAGUAAAAGGAGACCCCUACUGGCUCUACACAGCAAUGAUAACAUGAAAAACAUUUUUCUGUUAGUUGAUACUUGAAAAGUAAGAGUUUUUGUGUUAUGAGAAUUUGCCUGCACUUUGAACUUUGAAGUGAACUUUUUUCAGAAGGACAAUUUUUUUGUUAAUUACAUAUGUUAAUUAAGUAUGUUUAAAAUGCAAUUUAAAUGCCUUGGAUUAACUAUUUGAUUAGAUAGGAUUUUUGAACACUCUGCUUUUUAAAUUAUUUGAAUAGUUAUAGAGAUGUCUUGUGUCCUUGAAAAACAUUAGAAGUAGUGGGUAAUUCAAAGUAGAGAUCAGGCAUCACAUAUUUACAUGCCUGGUAACUCAAUAAUAAAUCACAUGUACAUGAAUAGCAUCUUGUGUUUUGUUUAUACAGUAUGGGUAUGUUUAGUCAACUUAAAUAUUCUUACAAAAUGCAUAUUGGUCAGAG